GCUACGAGUUCUCUUAACAAAAUAGUAGAAAAACACGCAGGAGUAGAAACGCCCAUCUGCGUCGUAAUUUAUAGCUAUAGUUUAGUUUGGAUGUAAGCUGACCUUUUUCUUUUUUUUUUCCAAGUUAAAGUUUGCUGUCAUUUUACAUUUUACGCGUUUGAGUCGUGCACAACGUGAAUUAUGCAGCACUACGCAGAAGCGGUGAAGGGUUUUGCUCAAGACCACACGACUGGUCUCACAGCUGCUCUACUAGCAGGGGUGGGUCUGAUGGCCUUUCGGAGAUGGAUGGCAGGGGGAGUGUGUCGGAGCAAGGCCAGCCUGGAGGGCAAAACAGUCCUGAUUACAGGAGCCAACACUGGCAUUGGGAAGGAAACGGCCUUGGAUAUGGCUCAGAGAGGGGCCAGAGUGAUCCUCGCCUGCAGAGACUUGACCAGAGCCCGGAUCGCAGCAGAUGAGAUCCGGCAGAAGAGCGGCAACGGGAAUGUGGUGGUGAAGAAACUGGACCUGGCGUCGCUGCAGUCUGUCAGAGACCUGGCCAGAGACGUUCAGGAGACUGAGAGCCGCCUGGACAUCCUGAUUAACAACGCAGGUAUUAUGAUGUGCCCCAAGUGGGAAACUGAAGAUGGUUUUGAAAUGCAGUUUGGUGUAAACCACCUGGGACAUUUCCUCCUGACCAGCUGUCUGCUGGACCUGCUGAAGAAAUCUGCCCCAAGUCGUGUUGUCAUUGUCUCCAGCCUGGCACACGAGAAAGGCCAUAUUCAUUUUGAUGACAUCAACCUGGAUAAAGACUACGAACCUGAACUUAGCUACCGCCAGAGCAAGCUCGCCAACGUUCUCUUCGGGAAAGAGCUGGCUGCAAGGCUCCAAGGCACAGGUGUGACGGUGUACAGUCUUCACCCUGGGGUCAUCCGUACAGAGUUAGGACGGCACCUCUUCCCUUCUUUAGCUCUGUGGAAGAGGGUUGUUGCCUCGGUCGUCAUGACGAUGUUUAAAAGUCCCUGGCAAGGAGCUCAGACCACCAUCUACUGCGCUGUGGACGAGAGCUUGGUGAACGUCAGCGGUCUCUACUACAGUGACUGCGCCCCCAAGACGCCAGCAGCUCAGGCUCGGGACGACGCUGCUGCCAAGAAGCUGUGGGAGCUCAGCGCCUCCAUGGUCGGUCUGGCUUAACCGCGGCAGCUUGACUGAUAACCCUGUUAACAAGAGGCACAAAGUGCUCCUGUUUGUCAUUGUGCUCUGAAAUGCAGAAAGUCAUCAUUUAAGAUUUUGCACAUGCUUCAAUAUUGUAUAGCUCACAGCGUUUUUGCACUAUUUACUCUCCAGUUAGCUGACACUUUAUAAGCAGAUGUGCUGCCUCGCCUUUUUUUAAUUAUAUUAUAUUCAAAUGCAUAGAUUAUGAUUUGUACUAUCAAUGUGUCUACACAGUGGUGCUGUAUUUCAUACAAUAAGUUACGUUUUUAUUUAUCAAUGAUCUCUUUUCACUGUUUUCUCUUGUUUAUUUUUUCAUUAUCAAGAUACAAGACUUCAUUCAGGGUUCAAAGUGCUUUUAUUCAUGGCAUUUAACAAAGGCAAAUAUCAUUUUAAAGCAGACCAUUGUUUGUAUAAACGAUUUAAUAAUAAUUUAAUCUUGCUUGGCACAACGUUCAAGAAGUUAUAAGGAGGUGAAAUGCAGAAAUGGUGCAGGAAGCUGAACUGUGGGAUAAAGGAAGUGCCUUUGACCCCUGCUGACAGCGGCGGGACUGCUGGAGCGGAGCGAAGAUCCUCCGCCAGGUGUAGGAGGGAGUGGACACCUCAGGGGCUCAGCAGUUAGGAAGAGACUGCCAAUUCAGAGCACUCCUUAGCUCACUGAACACCGCUCUGUGUGUGUGUGUGUGUGUGUGCGUGUGUGUAUUUAAUAUAGCGCAUUCAUAGUGCAGUUUGUACCAUGACAGUAAUCUUUUGCGACUCCUCUCAUGACUCUCCUGUGUGGGGAAACUGUCAACAGAACAAAAUGUACAACAGGAAACAACUAACUACAUAAUAUGUUUGGCAAUAAAGGUCUGAUGAAAUGUG